ACUGGCGCACCACCCGCAUCCCUGCGGCCCUGCAGCGCCCCGCCAGGUUCAGGGCUCUGCACUGCAUCAUCCUCUACACCAUGGCCGUGCCUCAGGUCUACUUCAUAAUGCAAAGUGCCUCCAGUCCCUCUGGAGAGUCCGUAAGCCUCAACAGUUCCAGCGUUGCUCAGAGGUCCAAAUCCAAAGUCUCCUCUGAGACUCAAGGCAAACUCCAGCUGUCCCCAUAGAAUUAAAGAGAACGUCACGGACUUCCGAGGGAAACAUAUUUGAGAAGCUGAGAAUUUGCUCCAUGCCCAGGUUUGUCCGCUUCCUGCAGGACAAACUGACCAUAAAGAAGAACCCCGAAGUGGUGGUGACAGACCUGCAUUUUGGGACAAUCCCCGUGAGGCUGUUCCAGCCCAAGGCAUCAACCUCCAGUCCCCGGAGAGGCAUCCUCUUCUACCAUGGCGGGGGCCCGGUAUUUGGCAGCCUGGAUAGUUACCACAACCUGUGCAGCUUCCUGGCCCGGGAGACGGACUCUGUGGUGCUGUCGGUGGGGUACCGCAUGCUCCCCGAGCACCAUUACCCCGUCAUCUUCACGGACUGCCUGAACGCCUCCAUCCACUUCCUGAAGGCCCUGAAAACCUACGGGGUGGACCCCUCCAAGGUGGUGGCUUGUGGAGAAAGCGUUGGAGGAGGGAUGGUGGCCCUGAUCAUGCAGGCCUUGGUGGGCAGGACAGAUCUUCCCCAGAUCCGGGCUCAGGUCCUGAUUUAUCCAAUGGUACAAGCCAUCAAUUUCCAGUUACCGUCCUUUCAGCAGAACCAGAACGUCCCCUUCCUUCCUCUAGACUUCAUGAUAACAUGUACGUGUAAGUACCUGACCAUCGACCUCUCCUGGAAAGAAGCCAUGCUGAAAGGGGCUUGUAUACCCCCCGGUUUCUGGAAGAAGUACGGGAAGUGGCUCAGCUCCGACAACCUCCCCAGGAGGUUCAGGAGCAAAGUGCAGCAACCUGAGACUCCCGCACCUUUCAACGAGGCUGCCUAUCUGGAGACCAAACACAUCUUUGAUGUAGAAAAUGCGCCCAUCAUAGCCGACGACGAGGUCAUCGCUCAGCUUCCUGAGGCCUUCCUGGUGAGCUGCGAGAUGGACAUCCUGCGGGAUGACACCCUGCUCUACAAGAAGCGCUUGGAGGACCAGGGUGUCCGGGUGACCUGGUACCACGUGGAGGACGGCUUUCACGGCUGCAUAGUUUUAUUCGAUAAGAAGUUUUUCUCUUUCCCAUGUUCUGUGAGCCUUGCAAAUGCUGUCAUCAGUUAUAUAAAGGGCAUAUGAUGGUAACCCUGGUGCCCCGGGU